AGGUUUGUGAACGAGUUAAAGUGAAGUUUGAUCAAACAGCAGAACACAUGAAGGUCCAGGCCCGACACACAGAGAGGCAGAUUAAGGAGCAGUUUAAGAAGCUUCAGCAGUUUCUAGAGGAGGAAGAGGAGGCCAGGAUGGCUGCACUGAGGGAGGAAGAGGAGCAGAAGAGUCAGAUGAUGAAGGAGAAGAUGGAGGCUCUGAGCAGAGAGAUAGCAGCUCUUUCAGACACAGUCAGAGCCACAGAGGAGGAGCUGAGAGCUGAAGACGUCUCAUUCCUGCUCAACUACAAGGCUGCAGUGGAAAGAGUCCAGCAGCGCCCCCUGCUGGAUGAUCCACAGCUGCCCUCAGGAGCUCUGAUAGACCAGGCCAAACACCUGGGCAACCUGACCUUCAACAUCUGGAACAAGAUGAAGGACAUGGUCUCCUACACUCCUCUCAUUCUGGACCCAAACACUGCUGAUCCAAGACUCAUCCUGUCUGAAGAUCUGACCAGUGUGAGACGAGGAAGAGAGAGACAGCAGCUUCCUGACAAUCCAGAGAGGAUUGAUAGUUCCUACUCUGUCCUGGGCUCUGAGGGCUUUAAUUCAGGGACUCACAGCUGGGAUGUCGAGGUUGGAGACAGUACAGACUGGUUACUGGGUGUGUUAGCAGAGUCUGUCCAGAGGAAGAAAGACAUACGGUCUGGAUUAUGGAUAAUAUGGCUCUAUGAAGAGAAAUACUCAGCAGAGUCACCAUCAGCUCCACCCACUGAUCUCAGCGUGCAGAAGAAGCUCCAGAGGAUCAGAGUGAAUCUGGACUGGAACAGAGGAAAGCUGUCGUUCUCUGAUCCUGAUACUAACACACACAUACACACCUUCACACACACUUUCACUGACAGGAUGUUUCCAUAUAUUGAAACUAUGGAUAAACUCCCACUGAAGGUUUUACCAGCGAAGGUCUGUGUGACUGUAGAAGAUGCUACUGAUGCUGAUGAGUAA